AUGAGGUUUGACGACAUCUUAAUACAUAUUGGAGAGUUUGGUUUUUACCAGAAAAGAUUGUACCUACUGUUAUGUAUGCCCGCAAUUAGUGUUGGGUGUUAUAUGAUGAUGCUGGUCAUUUUAAUGGCAACACCUGUACACAGAUGUCAGAUCCCAGGGUAUGAAAACGAUACCUAUGCUUUACAAAACGACAACCACGGACUUCUUGUCAAUGCAAGCAUUCCGUUGGCAGCUGAAGACGAAGAUUUCCUUUACGAUAAAUGUCACAUGUACACAUGCAAUAAUGGGGGUUCUGCAUUGUCCUGUCCAGUCCAGAAUCGAACCAGGGUGAAGUGUUCCAGUUGGGUAUACGACAAACUAACUUUCCACGAAACCUUCACCUCAAAGACAAACUUGGUAUGUGGCGAAUCACUCAAGACGUCGCACACACAGAUGAUCUUUUACUUUGGCGUCCUGGUGGGAGAUCUUGGGUUUGGGAUGAUUGCGGAUAUCAUUGGUCGUAAGAUCACCUUGUAUGUCACCAUCCUCAUACUAAUUGGGUCGGCAUUUGGAGUUGCAUGGUCGCCGACCUGGGUCACUUUUGUCAUUCUGGAGUUUGUCAUUGGCGCCGCUAACCAUGGAGCUUUCAUCAUAUGCUGUGUAUUAGGUCUAGAGAUGGUUGGACCCUCGAAACGAGUUUGGGCUGGAAUCUUAGUUCAUGCGUUUUUUGCUCUCGGACUGGUAUAUCUUGUUGGCAUGGGCUACUUCUUGCGAGAUUGGUUCUGGGUACAGAUAGCAGUUGUUGCACCCUGUGUCCUCUUCCUGUCUUAUUGGUUUGUUGUACCCGAGUCUCCACGCUGGCUGAUUAGUCAAGGACGCUACAGUGAUGCAGACAAGGUCAUCGAGAGAGCCGCCAGGGUCAACAAGAAACCAUUACCUCCAUCUAUGAUGAAGGUCAACCAGGAAAAGAACGAGGACUCAAAUGGAAGAAUCUGGCACCUCUUCUCACACAAAGUCCUCUUGUUGAGGACACUUAUAGUAUAUUUCAAUUGGGCUGUGGUCAGUAUGAUAUACUACGGAGUGACCAUGCACACUGGCAAUAUGAAUGGAGAUUUUUAUCUCAACUUCUUUCUGUUAGCUAUUGUUGAAUUUCCCGCCUAUUUCAUUUCGAUCGCACUGCUCGAUCGAUGGGGACGGAAGAGGACCCACUGCGCGUGCAUGCUGCUGGGAGGGAUAGCAUGCAUCUGCACUAUAUUUCCGGUUAUAUUUGGUGGUCCAGAUCUGCAGCCACUCACACUAACCCUGGCCAUCUUUGGUAAAAUAGGAGCGGCCGGUGCAUUUGGCGUAAUAUAUGUGUUCUCGGCUGAACUGUUUCCAACAGUUGUCAGGAACGCUGGCAUGGGUUCGAGUUCCUGUGUAGCACGUGUGGGAGGAAUGCUUGCGCCAUACGUAGCUUCGUCAGGUGAUCUGGUGGGCGGGAAGUUUGGGAAGGCACUGCCUUUGGUAAUAUUCGGCGCUUUCUCUGUUAGUGCUGGACUGUUGUGUUUACUUCUACCAGAAACUUUACACAAAAAACUUCCAGAGACAAUCGAGGAUGGCGUCAACUUCAAUAAAGGGAGCAAGAAAGACUUAUAUGAAAAAUCAUUAUCCAUUUGA